AUGUUGAAUUCGGAUGAAACUGCAAUUAAUUCAUUGUCUGCUGAUAAUGAAGUCACAACACGUCCUGUUAAAACUGGUGAAAGAAUUCCUCUAUUGUUAAGAAAAAGACUAUUUAGGAAUUUUUUUAAUUUUUCACACAGAAAUGAAGAGAACAAUGGCUAUGUCGAAUUUGAAAAUCAUACAGAAGUUAAUGGGAGAACAUUAGGAACCUUUGCAGGAGUAUUUUGUCCAGUAGCUUUAUCCAUGUUCAGUGCUUUAUUAUUUUUAAGAGUUGGAUUUAUUGUUGGCAAUGCUGGUCUUUUGUUAGCAUUAACUCAAUUUGUCAUUGCGUAUUUAAUAUUAAUAUUUACAGUAUCUAGUAUUUGUGCGAUAUCAACAAAUGGAGCAGUCGAAGGAGGCGGGGCCUACUUUAUGAUUUCAAGAACACUGGGACCAGAAUUUGGAGGCUCUAUAGGAACAUUAUUUUUUUUAGCCAAUAUUGUAUCAUCAGCACUUUAUAUCACUGGUUGUGUAGAAGGUUUUGUCGAAAAUUUUGGGCCAGGGGGUUAUCUCGUUGGUGGCAGUUCAAGUUUUGCUCUAAAAGAUGGAGCUUGGUGGAGAUUUUUAUAUGGAUCAUGUUUGAACUUUUUAAAUCUUCUUGUAUGUUUACUGGGGUCUUCGAUAUUUGCAAAAACCAGUGUCUCUAUUUUAGGAAUAGUUUGCAUAUCUUUACUAUCUUCCAUUGUUAGUUUUCUUUGUACUGGUGCCUCAGAGAUUCCAAUUCCUAUGAGAAAUAAUCUGGUGCAAAAUGAUACCUUUCAUGUAAAUGGUACAUACACAGGGUUUAAUUUAAAUACGUUAACAGAGAAUUUAUAUGCUAAUUAUUCGAAAGAUUACACAUCCGGAAGCAAUUCAUCAGCAAUAGAUUUUGCUGCAGUCUUCGGAGUUUUAUUUUCAGGAGUGACUGGUAUCAUGGCUGGUGCAAAUAUGUCAGGAGAAUUGAAAGAACCAUCAAAAAGUAUUCCCUUUGGAACAUUAAGCGCGGUUGCUUUUACAUUUUUUUGCUACAUUAUAAUGUCUCUUUUAUCAGCGAGUACCACGAGUAGAUUUCUACUUCAAAAUAAUUACAUUUUUUUAAUGGGAAUAAAUUUUUGGCCUCCAUUUAUCACGAUCGGAAUUUUAACGGCAACAUUUUCCGCGAGCUUAAGCAAUUUUAUUGGAUCUUCGAGAGUUUUGGAAGCUCUGGCAAAAGACAGCGUUUACGGUUUCUUAUUUAAUUUCAUAUCGAAAGGAACGUAUAAGGGAAAUCCCAUCGCUGCCGUUUUCGUGUCUUUUGCCUUGGUCGAGAUAACAUUGCUGUUGGGAAGUUUAAAUCUCAUCGCACAAAUCAACAGCAUAUUAUUUCUUUUGUCUUAUUUAGCAACGAAUUUGGCUUGUCUCGGUCUCGAAGUUGCAAGUGCGCCUAAUUUCAGGCCGACAUUUAUAUACUUUUCUUGGCACACGGCAUUUUUAGGUUUGGCCUCGACAGUAAUAAUGAUGUUUGUUAUUAAUUUAAUUUAUGCUCUAUUGAGUGUAAUUUUAUGCCUCGUUUUGAUCAUUUGCCUUCAUUUAUUUUCACCGAGUCGUAAAUAUCAAUGGGGAUCCAUAAGUCAAGCAUUAAUAUUUCACCAGGUACGAAAAUAUUUACUUUUAUUGGAUCCGAGAAAGGAACACGUUAAAUUUUGGAGACCUCAAAUAUUACUUUUGGUCAACAACCCACGAACUUGUUGUCCUUUGAUAAGCUUCGUAAACGACAUAAAAAAAGGAGGAUUGUACGUCAUUGGACACGUUCAAUCGGGUUCUGAUUUUUUGGAUAUCGACACCGACACGACCAUCGAUGAAUAUCCCUACUGGUUGUCAUUGGUCGAUAACCUUAAGGUGAAAGCUUUUGUAGAAUUGACCGUGGCCAAAAGUGUGAGAGAUGGAUUUCACCAUUUGGUGAGAAUAUCCGGCAUGGGAGCGAUGAAACCCAAUACUAUUUUCUUAGGAUUUUACGACGACGAAAUGCCGGUCGACUUUUUUGGAACUGAAAAUCCCUACAGCACAAAAGUUUUUCACGAAAUCGACAUAUUUCAAUUGAGGAACAUGAAUAAAAAAAGUCUCACGAUUGAAAAUUAUGCUGGAAUAAUAUCCGACGUCAUUAAAAUGAAAAAAAAUUUAUGCAUAUGUCGCCGUUUUCAAAUUUUGGAAAAAAUCACAUCCAAGUCUUCCAAUACGUACAUCGACGUAUGGCCGAUUAAUUUUUUUUCCCCGAAUCCCGAUAAUCCAUUUGGAACGACAUCAUUAUUCAUGUUUCAAUUGGCUUGCAUUUUGAAUAUGGUGUCAAGUUGGAAAAGAUUAAAAUUGAGAAUAUUUUUAUGCGACAACAAUUCGGAAAGUUUACCAGGAAGCGAAUCUCGUCUCAAACAACUUCUUUUGUCGUUGAGAAUUCAAGCAACGAUUCACAGAGUUUUCGAUUGGAGCAAUUGUUAUUCGAUGUUACCCGGAGGAUCGAUUUAUUCCGAAAACUGUACAGAAAAUAAAUGCAAAAUCUAUUUUAAAAAAAUCAACCAACUCAUUCGCGAAUUAUCCGAUAGAACGUCUUGUUUGUUCAUGUACCUACCAACGGAAUUUUACGAAAGUCAAAAUGCAUCCAAUCACAAAACUUACUUGCAAUAUUUGACGGAUUUAACCGAAGAUUUACCACCCACGGUUUUCGUACACGGAGUUCACGGCGUCACAAAUUCGAAACGAACAGUAUUUUAA